CCUGUCACCGCCCGCUCUGGCCAUGUCUCCAGCCAGCGGCUUAUAAAUUGGCAACCCGAGUUCCCGACGCGGCCCUGGUCCUGAUGGCGGCGGCGGCGGCUCUGGCUGCGGCCGAUCCCCCCCCCGCGAUGCCGCAGGCGGCAGGAGCCGGAGGGCCCACUGCCCGCCGGGACUUCUACUGGCUGCGCUCCUUUCUGGCCGGAGGUAUUGCUGGAUGCUGUGCCAAAACAACAGUUGCUCCUUUGGAUCGAGUAAAGGUUUUAUUACAAGCUCACAAUCACCAUUACAAACAUUUAGGAGUAUUUUCUGCAUUGCGUGCUGUUCCCCAAAAGGAAGGAUACCUUGGAUUAUAUAAAGGGAAUGGUGCAAUGAUGAUUCGAAUCUUUCCCUAUGGUGCAAUCCAGUUUAUGGCAUUUGAGCACUAUAAAAUGUUAAUUACUACAAAGCUGGGAGUUUCUGGUCAUGUGCACAGAUUAAUGGCUGGAUCCAUGGCAGGUGUUUCAUUUUUUACUUUUGGUACCUUAAAGAGUGUUGGGCUUUCCUAUGCCCCUACCCUUCUUGGCAGACCUUCAUCAGACAAUCCUAAUGUCUUAGUUUUGAAAACCCACGUAAACUUACUUUGUGGUGGUGUUGCUGGAGCAAUAGCACAGACAAUAUCCUACCCAUUUGAUGUAACUCGUCGGCGAAUGCAAUUAGGAACUGUUCUUCCAGAAUUUGAAAAGUGCCUUACCAUGUGGGAGACUAUGAAGUACGUCUAUGGACACCAUGGAAUUCGAAGAGGAUUAUAUCGUGGUUUAUCUCUUAAUUACAUUCGCUGUAUUCCCUCUCAAGCAGUGGCUUUUACAACAUACGAACUUUUGAAGCAGUUUUUUCACCUCAACUAAAGAAAAUUGUAAUUACUUUAAGUAAAUUCUCAGAGGGAGAAAUAAAAUGUUACUUUAAUUUUGAGGGGACAUUACUUGAAUGGGGCUAUUUGCCUAGUCACAGGAACCACUGGUAUUUUAGUACUUGAUUUUUUAUUCAUCACAAAUCAAAAGUGCUUACCAUGCUUUUUGAUGCCAAAAGUUAUAACUGAGAACAUUGAAAAAAAUUCCUAAGCUGAUGCUGGAUAAUCAGUUAGGUUAUUUGAAACUGUUUUAAAGUGUUUUUUGGGGAGCAGAACUAACUUAAAAUGGGAUUCAAGAGUUUGCCAUUAGCUUUAUCAUGCUUUAAUUCCAAGCUUUAAUUAUAAUCAUGGUUUUCAAAGACUCUAACAUUGGUUAUUAUUAUUAUUAUAAAUAGGCUUGGUUAUAUUGCAGUAGAAUGAUGAGAACUGAAUUUUUAUGUUUAUAAAAUGUAGCUUUGGGGGCACCUGGCUGGCUCAGCCAGAAAAGCAUGCGACUCUUAAUCUGGGGGUCAUAAAUUCUAGCCCCUGUUAGGUGUAGAGAUUACUAUGAAAAAAAAAAUAGCUUAGAUGCCAGCAUUGAACAUUAUUCUUAUGAUCUCUCUUCUCAUAAUUCUGCUCCACUGCAUAAAAGGACUGAUACUUUUUCUCUUUGUUUUUAAAUAAAACAAAUGUAUUUAAAAAUUAGCCUUGUAGAAGCUUAACAAUAAAUGAAGAAUUUUCAGGUGUUGUUCAGAGGUUUAUUACUAGGUACUAUGACUGACUUAAAUUUGUUUUUAAAAGUCAAUACAUUUCCCAAAGGCAGUAAUGAUAAAUACUCAAUAUCUUUGUUCUCAAAACGGAUUAGUAUUGUAGAUUUGUUUUUGUUAAGAUGAUUUCGUAUAUACUAGAAAACUUAUUUAAGUGGACUGUGAAAUAUCUAUUAAUAUAGAUGUGAAUGUCAAAGAAUGUUUCUAAGGUAUUUUGUCAUGAUACAUCAACUAGUUCUUCCAUGUAAAAUAAUUUUAGUGCAAUAUAAACUUAAGUAGAAACAUAAAACUGAUUAGAAUUGCUAUCCUUUAUAUUAAAAUGGUUUAAAAUAUAAGAAUUCCAUUGAUUGUGUUUAGAGUACUUUUUAUCUUUUACUGUAAGCAUGACGCAAAUGGGAAGGGAACAAUUACAGUUCUGUCCUCAGAAAUAGUGAUUUGUAGAAUUGAUGUGAUUCUUUUUGAUCAAUGCAAACUUUUAAUUGCUCUAAUUUUAUAAUUGUUUUCAUUGAGGUAAAAUUGACAUAUAACAAUAUAUUAGUUUCAGGUGCACAAUGUAAUAAUUCAAUAUUUGUAUUUACUGCAAAACAAUCACCACACUAGUCUAGUUACCAUCUAAUUGAUGUGAUUUUUAGGACUUAGGAAACUUAAGUGGAACGUGUUAUUUCUGCUUCAAUUUUAAUUUGUUUGCAUAAAAGAUUUCUUGUUAUACCUUGGUAAAAAUUAGAUGAGCUGGUUUCAUUUUCAAAGUUUUAUUUUAAAAUGAAUAUGUGUCUUUGUAUGAUUUGUAAGUGUACCCCACAGGUAGAAAUACAUAUGUUCUUGAAACUAUUUUGUAUAUUUUAAUUUCUGGGCUACACUGUAACUAAAUAUUGUUAUCAAAUCACAAUAUAAUUUAAAUGUAUGAAAUAAAUAUCUCAGUUAUAUUAUCAAUAAAGAAGGACUGCAAAUAU